AUGGGAGAGCUCAAUGAAUUGCAAACGUUGAACGAAAGAAAUCUAACGAAAGUGUCAGAGGUGAAAGUUGUCAAACCAUUAACAGAUAAGCAAAAAAAAAGUCAAUGGACACCCAUGUUAAUAUUUGCCAGUUUAUGCUCCACCAUGGGUACGGCCGUACAGGGGUACUGUGUGGGAGUUAUGAAUAGUCCUGGAGUGUUUAUACGGCAAUGGUGCAAUGAGAUGUUUAUCCUUAACUAUGACAUCCAUUUGUCUUCCGAAGGUUUAGAUCUUGUGUUCUCCGGCAUAAUUUCCAUAUUUUUGAUUGGCGGUGCUGUGGGCUCUUUUCUAGGUGCAAUUGUUGCCAAUAAACUGGGAAGAAAACGAUCUCUUCUGAUCUGUGGCAUACUCUACUUUCUCGGAGGUUUAUGUUUCUACACAUGUCGCCUUCUGUAUUCAUUCGAAGUACUCAUUUGUGGUCGUUUCCUUGCGGGAAUAGCAAGUGGCAUAACAACGACAGUAUUGCCCAUGUAUCAUAGUGAAAUUGCCCCCUUGGCCUUGCGUGGAACUCUGGGAGUCUUUUGUGUCAUAGGCCUGAAUACGGGCCUAGUAAUUUCACAAUUCAUUAGCUUGAGCAGCGUUUUGGGUAAUUACACCCAAUGGCAUAUUGCCCUCAGCUUAUAUGUGGUUAUUGUUUGCCUAUGCUUUACACCCUACUGCCUAUAUCCGGAAAGUCCUAAAUGGCUGGCCGUGGUGAAGGCUGAUCGCAAUGAAGCCCAAUUGCAGUUGCAGCGUUUAAGAGGUGCCAAGGUUAGAAUGGAAGAUUUCACCCAAGAAAUGGAUAUAAUGGACGAAGAGGCAAAAGUCACUGAAAAUGUUCGAGGUUUCUGUGAUAUGCUUAAGGAUAAGAAAUUGCUGUUGCCCUUGGUCUUGGUUUGUGCUUUCCAGGGUGGCCAACAAUUGGCAGGCAUUAAUGCGAUUUUCUAUUAUUCUGUCUCAAUAUUCCAAAAAGCUGGUCUAUCGGAUAAAGCCGCUGAAUGGGCCAAUGUGGGUUCUGGUUGCAUGAAUCUGGUAACAUCUUUGUUCGUACCCUAUCUCAUGGCGAAAGUUAAUCGAAGGCCUCUUAUGUUGACUUCAUCCAUGUUUUGCGGCAUAUUUCUUUUGGGAUUUGCCAUAUUGCUGCAAUACAUUGACUACGUUUCUUGGUUUGCCAUGGCUUGUAUUGCCUGCAUAUUUUUUUACAUAACUUUCUUUCAAUUUGGAAUUGGACCGAUUCCCUUCUUCAUUGGAUCAGAGCUCUUUGAGGUAUCUCCCAGACCUGUGGCCAUGUCUCUGGGCAGUUUAGCAUCAUGGAGCUGUAAUUUUGCCGUAGGCAUGACAUUCCCCACAAUACAAAAUAUGUGGGGAUCAUUUUCGUUUCUACCUUUUGCCUUAUCGUGUUUUGUUGUGUUUUUCCUCACGCUAUUCUAUUUGCCAGAGACCCGUGGACGUAAUCCUUCCGAUGUUACAGCAAUUGUGGCGGGAGGCUUUCGAUCAAAAGUUUUAUAA